AUGUCAAAGGGACCAGCAGUUGGCAUUGACCUGGGCACCACCUACUCCUGUGUGGGUGUGUUCCAGCAUGGGAAAGUGGAGAUCAUCGCCAACGACCAGGGCAAUAGGACCACACCCAGCUACGUCGCCUUCACAGACACAGAAAGGCUGAUUGGGGACGCCGCCAAGAACCAAGUGGCCAUGAACCCCACAAACACUGUGUUUGGUAAGAAUUGAACUUAGAGAAAUUGAUCAAAUACCAUGUACGGUAUAUAAGAUGUACUUUACAUGGAGAGUCUGUGGCAUUAACUGAUGUUUACACCCUUAUCUUUUCCCAGAUGCAAAGCGGCUGAUAGGGCGGAAGUUUGACGACAGUGUCGUCCAGGCAGACAUGAAACACUGGCCGUUUACAGUGAUCAACGACUCGACACGGCCCAAGGUCCAAGUGGAGUACAAGGGAGAGACAAAGGCCUUCUACCCAGAGGAGAUCUCCUCCAUGGUGCUGGUCAAGAUGAAGGAGAUCGCAGAGGCCUACCUGGGCAAGGUGAGCAUGUGCACAACAGUCCUAUCACUCUGUCUUUAUAGCAACGCAUGUUAUGUUCUUUUGGGUGUUACCGAAUGGUUUAACAAAAUAUAAAUGUGUUUUUCUCACACUGUAGAGGUGACUUUCAAAAAUUAAGACUGUCUUGUCUGUUCACUUAGUUGUCACUUUAAGGGAAGCAUUACUAAUUAAUGUAUUCUGUAAAUAUUUCCUCCUGCAGACUAUAACCAAUGCAGUGGUCACUGUGCCAGCUUACUUCAACGACUCUCAGCGCCAGGCCACCAAAGACGCAGGGACUAUCUCAGGACUCAACGUACUCCGCAUCAUCAAUGAGCCAACCGCUGCUGCUAUCGCCUAUGGCCUGGACAAGAAGGUUAAUUUAUUUAUAUAUAUAUAUCAACACUAACAACUGUACUUAGAACUCAGGACUAUAAUGCAUACCUGAGGCCCAUUGACCAUGUGAUUUGAGAGACAAGCUUCACAAAAAAAUCAUAUUUAACUCACUUAAAAUAAAACAUGUUUUUAGGUGGGAAUGGAGAGAAACGUCCUAAUCUUCGACCUGGGCGGCGGUACGUUUGAUGUGUCCAUCCUGACCAUCGAAGACGGGAUCUUUGAGGUGAAGUCCACGGCCGGAGACACCCAUCUUGGAGGAGAGGACUUCGACAACCGCAUGGUCAACCACUUCAUCUCAGAGUUCAAGCGCAAAUACAAGAAGGACAUCAGCGACAACAAGAGGGCCGUGCGUCGUCUGCGCACUGCCUGUGAGCGUGCCAAGCGCACCCUGUCCUCCAGCACCCAGGCCAGUAUCGAGAUCGACUCUCUGUAUGAGGGCGUUGACUUCUACACCUCCAUCACCAGGGCUCGCUUUGAGGAGCUGAACGCUGACCUGUUCAGAGGCACCCUGGACCCUGUGGAGAAGUCUCUGAGGGAUGCCAAGAUGGACAAGGCCCAGGUCCACGACAUUGUCCUGGUGGGAGGCUCCACGCGCAUCCCCAAGAUCCAGAAGUUGCUGCAGGACUUAUUCAACGGGAAGGAGCUCAACAAGAGCAUCAACCCUGAUGAGGCUGUCGCCUAUGGUGCAGGUGAGGUGUUUUUUUUAUGGUAGCUCCCUCUUCUAUCUAAAGCUUUGCCCAGUAAACCCUCUGGUCAGCUGUCUUUUCCUGUUCUACCCUCUCUAACCUUCAUCCAGAGAAGCCCUAAUAUGGAUAAGGACAUUGUAAAUGCUUUGAUGGUUUGUUCUAAGAAUGAGUGACAACCCCUGUGUCUGUUGACAGCUGUCCAGGCGGCCAUCUUGUCCGGAGACAAGUCUGAGAAUGUGCAGGACCUGCUGCUGCUGGACGUCACGCCACUGUCCCUGGGUAUUGAGACGGCCGGAGGGGUCAUGACCGUGCUCAUCAAGAGGAACACCACCAUCCCCACCAAGCAGACGCAGACCUUCACCACAUACUCAGACAACCAGCCUGGGGUGCUAAUUCAGGUGAGGGGGACGUACUAUGACUCAUUCCUAGGUACCUCAAUGGAUUAUAUGUCCAUCAGUGUCAAAAUGUUAGCGUAUACUCUGGUUGAUAUUUAACUUGAAACUGGAUCUGAAUCAAUAUUGACCCACACACAUUUAUUUGUUAGUGUUUAUAUUAAAACUUGAGAUGAUACUUUGAAUGAAUGCACAUGAGUGUUGACCUGAGUGUGUGUCUGUUUCCUGUCCUCAGGUGUAUGAGGGGGAAAGAGCCAUGACCAAAGACAACAACCUACUGGGGAAGUUUGAGCUGUGUGGGAUCCCACCAGCCCCCCGGGGUGUGCCUCAGAUAGAGGUCACCUUUGACAUCGACGCCAACGGCAUCAUGAAUGUGUCCGCCUCUGACAAGAGCACCGGCAAGGAGAAUAAGAUCACCAUCACCAAUGACAAAGGUACACUUAGUAGUAGUUACAGUUAAAGGGGAAAUCUGCUUUUCAAACAAUAACAAAGCCACUGUUUUGGGGGAAAAGUUGAGGGAUGGGGCUGUAGAAAUGUAAGCACUCUCAAAUGUAUAGACCUAGCUAUGGAUGCAAGGAUUGACCAUCCAUGAUGUCAAAAUUAUAGUUUUAACCAUAUUUUGAGGCUAUACAGUGUUUGUUUACAAUUACAUUGUUUACAAACAAAGGAGUUAAACAAGCUUGUAUUUUUGGUUCCGGUGGGGUAAUACUGUUCAACUAAGCUCAUGAGGCAUUUAUAAGUUGUAUAUUCUUCAAGAAUCAAUUUGGCGGGGGGUGGGGGGGUGUACAGUUGAAGUUGGAAGUUUACAUACACAUAGGUUGGAGUCAUUAACUUGUUUUUCAACUACUCCACAAAUUUAUUUUUAACAAACUAUAGUUUUGGCAAGUCGGUUAGGACAUCUACUUUGUGCAUGACACAAGUAAUUUUCCCAACAAUUAUUUACAGACAGAUUAUUUCACUUAUAAUUCACUGUAUCACAAUUCCAGUGGGUCAGAAGUUUACAUACACUAAGUUGACUGUGCCUUUAAACAGCUUGGAAAAUUCCAGAAAAUGAUGUCAUGGCUUUAGAAGCUUCUGAUUGACAUAAUUUGAGUCAAUUGGAGGUGUACCUGCGGAUGUAUUUCAAGGCCUACCUUCAGUGCCUCUUCGCUUGACAUCAUGGGAAAAUCAAACGAAAUCAGCCACGACCUCAGAAAAAAAAUUGUAGACCACAAGUCUGGUUCAUCCUUGGGAGCAAUUUCCAAAUGCCUGAAGGUACCACGUUCAUCUGUACAAACAAUAGUACGCAAGUAUAAACACCAUGGGACCACGUAGCCGUCAUACCGCUCAGGAAGGAGACGCGUUCUGUCUCCUAGAGAUGAACGUACGUUGGUGCGAAAAGUUCAAAUCAAUCCCAGAACAACAGCAAAGGACCUUGUGAAGAUGCUGGAGGAAACAGGUACAAAAGUAUCUAUAUCCACAGUAAAACCAGUCCUAUAGCUACAUAAUCUGAAAGGCCGCUCAGCAAGGAAGAAGCCACUGCUCCAAAACCGCCAUUAAAAGCCAGACUACGGUUUGCAACUGCACAUGGGGACAAAGAUUGUACUUUUUGGAGAAAUGUCCUCUGGUCUGAUGAAACAAAAAUAGAACUGUUUGGCCAUAAUGACCUUAGUUUUGUUUGGAGGAAAAAGGGGUUGCUUGCAAGCCAAAGAACACCAUCCCAACUGUGAAGCACGGGGGUGGCAGCAUCAUGCUGUGGGGGUGCUUUGCUGCAGGAGGGACUGGUGCACUUCACAAAAUAGAUGGCAUCAUGAGGAAGGAAAAUUAUGUGGAUAUCUUGAAGCAACAUCUCAAGACAUCAGUCAGGAAGUUAAAGCUUGGUCGCAAAUGGGUCUUCCAAAUGGACAAUGACCCCAAGCAUACUUCCAAAGUUGUGGCAAAAUGGCUUAAGGACAACAAAGUCAAGGUAUUGGAGUGGCCAUCACAAAGCCCUGACCUCAAUUAUACUGAACAUUUGUGUGCAGAACUGAAAAAGCGUGCGUGAGCAAGGAGGCCUACAAACCUGACUCAGUUACACCAGCUCUGUCAGGAGGAAUGGGCCAAAAUUCGCCUAACUUAUUGUGGGAGCUUGUGGAAGGCUACCCGAAACGUUUGACCCAAGUUAAACAAUUUUAAAGGCAAUGCUACCAAAUACUAAUUGAGUGUAUGUAAACUGCUGACCCAUUGGGAAUGUGAUGAAAGAAAUAAAAGCUGAAAUAAAUCAUUCUCUCUACUAUUAUUCUGACAUUUCACAUUCUUAAAAUAAAGUGGUGAUCCUAACUGACCUAAGACAGGGAGUUUUUACUAGGAUUAAAUGUCAGGAAUUGUGAAAAACUGAGUUUAAAUGUAUUUGGCUAAGGUGUAUGUAAACUUCCGACUUCAACUGUAUAGAUGUAUGUCCAAACAGAUUAACCAAUCAGAUUGCCUUGUAAAUCUAUAGUCUGGGAUCUGGGAAUCUGUUCAUGGUCAAUUCAAUUAUUGAUAUUUACCCAUUGAUUCUUGAACAUCUGAAUCCCAGAAUGUAUCUUUAUACACUAUGCCAUUGUAAAGUAUGCACACCAUUUUAAAUAGGGAUGUCUUCUCCAACAAUUGCUUUAACAAAGCCUCCUUCUCAUUGUCUGUCCCUCUCUCCACAGGUCGUCUGAGUAAGGAGGACAUAGAGCGCAUGGUCCAGGAGGCUGAGCAGUACAAAGCUGCGGACGACGUCCAGAGGGACAAGGUGGCGUCCAAAAACGGCCUGGAGUCGUACGCCUUUAACAUGAAGUCCACCGUGGAGGAUGAGAAGCUCAAGGGCAAGCUCAGCGACGAGGACAAACAGAAGAUCCUGGACAAGUGCAAUGAGGUCAUCAACUGGCUGGACAAGAACCAGGUACAGUACGGGCUCAGGGUCUUUCAACCAGAAUAGAGUGGGUUAAUGUUCAAAUCUAAAGUCAAGUAUAGCACUGAGUCCCUCACUUCAUUGUAAUUUGAUUAAACAAAUAUCUGGUGGUUCAACAAGGAGGUUGGAGCACUAAUGUUGUCUAUCUUUCUCUCUUCCUCUCUAUCUCUUCCUUUCUCCUCGAUCUCUCCUUGUAGUCUGCAGAGAAGGAGGAGUUUGAGCACCACCAGAAGGAGCUGGAGAAGCUGUGUAACCCAAUCAUCACCAAACUGUACCAGGGUGCAGGGGGGAUGCCCGGGGGGAUGCCUGGGGGGAUGCCAGGGCCUGGUGGUGCCACACCCGGAGGAGGCGGAUCCUCUGGACCAACCAUUGAGGAAGUCGACUAA